CAUUCGCUGCCGUUCCCGCGCUAGCGCGUGAUGGCGCUCGUUUUGGCAAUGCCUCUCACGCUCUAGAGCGUUUCGAUGCGUUUUAAAUUCAACAUGCUGCCAUUUACACUGGCACUGGCAUAGGAACAUGAAAUUUAGCCAGGCACUAGCUUAAAUAUUCUUUUUAAAUUUCCCGCUUGCGGUUUUCGAUUUUGGACUUAAUUGUCAGUCUGACAAAAUGAACGACACGGACGAAGUCGAGGCUGGGCCUUCGGCUCCAAAACGUAUGAAAAUCUCACAAAAUAAUAAAAGAGCUAGCACAAAGAAGUUUCUUACUGAUGACGAACUUCAGGCCAUCUUAGAAGCGAGUAGUGAUAGUGACGUUGACAUCUACUUGAACGACGGAAGUGAAGUUUCCUCGUCGGAAUCUGGUGACGAAGAUGAGAGUAUUUUUGAUUUUCAACAAACUCAGACUGUUAGUACCAACAAGGACGAAUUUCAAUGGACAGAGGAUUCAGGCUCUAUGAAAUCAGUACAAUUUACCAAAGAAGAGAAAAUGCUUAUUCCAAUUCCUGGUAAGGAGCCGAUAGAUUUUUUCAUGAUGUUUUUGACUCAUGAGUUUCUGGAAAGCAUAGUAGAGCAGACCAACAUAUAUGCAACGGAAGUUUUUUUAUCCAAAGGAACUAAAGAAAAAUCCAGAAUAACUAACUGGAAAGAAACGACAAAUGAAGAAAUGAUCGUCUUCUUGGGAUUACUCUUGCACAUGGGUAACAUUAGAAUGAGUAGAUUGCAGGAUUAUUGGAAGACAGACCCACUGUUCAAUAUAAAUAUUUUUCAUUCUAGUAUGAGUAGAAAUAGAUUUUUACUAAUAAUGAGAACGCUCCAUUUUGCAAAAAAUCCAGAACCCGGUGAGGCAGUUCCCCAAGACAGAUUGCAUAAAAUUAGACCACCCGUACGUUUUUUCAAUGAAAGAAUGAGCAAAAUAUUUUAUCCUGGCAGAGAGUUGAGCUUAGAUGAGUCCAUGAUGUUGUGGCGCGGUAGACUGGUAUUUCGUCAAUAUAUAAAAAACAAACGACAUAAAUACGGAAUAAAAUUGUACAUGCUAACCGACCCUAAUGGAAUUAUUUUAAAAUUCAUGGUGUACACAGGUUCACUGGAUGAUUGCGGCGGAAAAGGUCACACUGAAAAAGUUGUUCUGCAUCUUUUAGAUGGCAAGUUAAAUGUUGGACACUCUUUAUACAUGGACAACUUUUAUAAUAGUCCCGCUCUUGCCAAAACGUUGCUGAAGCAAAACACACAUUGCACAGGCACACUCCGUAUUGACCGAAAAGACUGUCCAACUGAAGUCAAACAAAAAAAAUUAAAGCGAGGUGAAACUAUUGCAAGAUAUUCAGGGGGUAUAUUAGUUGGCAAAUGGAAAGACAAGAGAGAUGUGUGCUACAUAUCUAAUGAAUAUGAGAAUACUAUGCUAAAUGUCACAAACAGAAGAGGAGAUACUAGAGAAAAGCCUCUGCCAAUAAUCCAAUACAAUACAUAUAUGGCAGGAGUAGAUAGGCAAGAUCAAUUAUUAUCGUAUUAUCCAUGCGAAAGGAAGACUAUAAGGUGGCCAACUAAAAUUUUCGUUCAUAUUCUUCAAAUGAUGCUAAUAAAUGCUCACGGACUUUACAAUAAAUACUCGGGUAAAAAAAUGAAUUUAUACGAUUUUAGAGUUGCGGUAAUACGCAAAUUGCUACCAACACAAACUGUUGUGCAAGAAAAUCAGCCAAAACUUGACGCACAUUAUUUGGUCAAGCGUGAGGAGAAAACAUCGUCUGGGAAAAUAAAGAGAAAGGCGUGUAAGACGUGCUACAAAAAGAAUAAGCGCACGGAUACAACAUACGUCUGCCAGAAAUGUCCAGGUCUUCCAGGCUACUGCCUCGAUUGUGCAACGCUUACACACGUAUAAUCAAUUUUUUAUAUGAAUAUUUCGAAUUUUUGUUUAUUUGAAGUUGUUUUUAGUUUUCGUUUUGCAAUAUAACAAAUGUUUUUGUUAAGUUUUGUUUGUUUUACUAAUUUUUGUAAUAAAAUGGAGAGAUUUUAUUUAUUUAUUUUUUGUUUCUUUCGUUAUUCAUAUCAUGUGUUGAAGCAAACUAAUUUCUAAAAUUUAACGCUCUUGCGCGUUGGGCGGCAUUGGGUAUGCAGUUUUCAUUACCAGUGCCAGUCACGCUCAGGCGCGUUAAUUUUCCAAAAUUUCUAAAACUUGUUUUUUUUGUGUCCAGUACACUUACUACUUCCUUCAAGUGUUUAUUUCUGCAAAAUUUUGAAAAUUCGUUCAAAAACUGAAUUCGGCCCCUUGGGACUGAUUGUUCCUAAAAGGUGGCAGCGAAUGU